AUGAACCUGACCCAUCACGGCUACGAUUACGUGGUCGCGAACAGCGGCAGGGCCGUUUACGACUUCGAGAGCCUGAAGGACAUCCUCAACACGGCCAUCAAGAUUGACGCGUACAUGAACAUGUGCUACAACCUCUGCGCCGACGGGCUGCGCGGGAACAUCUGCGUGAUCACGCCCAUGCAGGUGUCCUGCUUCACCAUCAAGGUCUCGAACCCGAGGGGCGACUCCCGCACGUACGUCAACGUGAAGCCGUUCAUCGCCACGACCACGAGGAAGUACAUGUGCGAGCACUGCCAGACUCACGAGCCAACGGCCACAGACGAGCACGAGAACGGGGUUCAGGGGCGUGGUCGCCGCCCUGAAGACGUACCCGACCAUGUUCGACUCCAGGUAGGUCCAGGCGAUGUCGUCCACGUGCACGAAGAAGAACGAAUAGAUGAACAUGACGGAACACAUGGUCCGAGGCUGACGAAAACCAGGAAGGCGCUUGAGCAGCCGACCACGGCAUCGACCCCAACGUCAACUUCGAUGAGCGAUUAUGAACCACUCGGGGGCUUCGUUGCCAUGGUCCUCGGGACCAAGUUGUUCCCCGAGAUCGCGGAGCACCAUGAACGAGCUCACGGCCUCGGAGUUGGGCUACAUCCUGGACUUGCUCCAGAUCAGGGAGUACUUCACUUACGACGACAAGUACCCGAACCCGACCAGGGACGUGGACCCCGGCAUGUCGAUGUCCAACCAGCUGACGAGAGACGGGAUCAAGCACUCGAAGAAGUACUGGGACACGUUGGAGUCCAUACACAGGAAGGCCGACGUCCUCGCAUGCGCGAACAAGUUGAGCGUCUGGAUCGCAUGCAUACACGAGGACGCGGAAGAGAGUAUGGAGAGGGCGAUGAAGGUCGCAUCGAGGAGGACGACGAUUUGAUCGAGGAGAUGUUGGCGGGGAGGCCCGUGCGGACGAUCUACGACAGGCGCCUGCACGUAUUUGACAACGAGGUCGUGAUCCGGCCCGAGAGGUUCCUCAUGCCGAUGUCCUGGGGCACGACCGCCAAGCUGUAUGUGACCGAGAACACGUAUGUCCUCAGCGACCCCGACACGAUCGUCCCCAUGGACUCCCGCAUGAUUCCGGGCUUGCGCAUGAGCAUGUACCAGCCAUCGUUCGCCGCCGUGUCGAGGAACGCGCGAUACGAGACGACCGACAUCGCGUACAUCGACGUGAUCAAGGAUCCGCUGCACGUCCAUCGUCUUGGUCAGAAGAAGUAUCCGAACGAGGGUGACCGGACGCCGAUCGGCAUGUUCGAGGCCGCGCCCGCGUCCGUCUUGAGGCUCACCUACUCGGUCGAGCCCGACUUCGCGGCCAUGAGGAAGCUCAUGAGGGAGACGAGCGGCAUCACCAGCUCCACCGUCGAGUAG